AUGAUAAAAGCCGUCAUCAUUUUUAACACAGCAGGAAAGCAUCGACUUGUGAAGUUUUAUGAAGAAAUUGUAAAUCACAUUUAGCCGCAUGACAAGAAAAAUGAAAUUAUCGCGAAUUUAUUUAAAGAAUGCACAAAACGAGGAGAAUAUAGCUGCAAUUUCAUCGAAGAAUCCAAUUUAUGGAGAGGCUGCAAAGUAAUUUUUAGGCUGUAUGCCACUUUAUAUAUAGUCUUUGUAGUAGAUGAAGCAGAAAAUGAAUUAGGGAUCCUUGAUUUAAUACAAGUUUUUGUUGAAGUUUUAGAUAAAGCUUUUGAAAAUGUAUGCGAGCUUGAUUUGGUUUUCCAUCCUGAAAGGGCUUAUGCGCUACUUGAAGAGCUCGUGAUGGGAGGGAUGGUUAUUGAGACCAAUAUUUCAGAAAUUUGGAAAAUUUCACAAAAUAUGAUUGCAUUGGAAAGAAAGUCUUAA